AUGGCUGCAGAUUCCGAUCCGAUUGAUUUGAGCCAAGAAUAUCCAAAAACUUUUAUUGAGCUGUUCGUCGACGAACCAAGCGAGAACGGGCUUACGAACGAGGAACUAAGGGAAGAAGUUCUGGUUCUUGCCAUCGCCGGUACAGACACAUCGUCGGUUGGGACCGCUUUCGUUUGUACCGUUCUCUCGCGUUAUCCAGAUGUACAGGAAAAACUUUGCGAUGAG